UCAAGGAGAUAAAUAUGAAGAGGAUGUUAAAAGAACUGGUCGCUGGGAAGGCUUUUGUCCUCAUCGUUGUGCUGGGCUUGGGGGGAACAUAUCAUAUUGGAUAUCAUCUCACAGUGAUCAGCUCUCCGUCUCCAUACAUUCAGAGCUUUAUCAACAGUACCUGGAUAUAUCGCUAUGGGGAAAAUCCAGGAGGGGAGACAGUCACCCUUAUCUGGUCUGCUGUGGUUUCUCUAUUUGCUGUAGGAGGUCUUGUGGGCUCUAUGACUGUCACAUGUGUAACCAGUUACCUGGGAAGAAGGACAGCCACUCUCUUCAACAGUGUGUUAACAGUUGUGGCCACAGUACUUAUGUACAUUAGCAAACCCACACACUCAUUUGAACUUCUCAUGUUAUCACGCUUCCUAGUCGGAUUUACAUCAGGGUUAGGUGGAAAUAUCCAUGCCCUUUAUCUUGGUGAGAGUUCACCCAAAAAAAUUCGAGGCAUGGUGACACUCACAGCUGCUACUUCUUUAGCCAUCGGUAAACUAUCAGGACAGUUUGCUGGUUUAAGGGAAAUUCUUGGCCGUGAGGAAUGGUGGAACAUUCUGCUUUGUGUCCCAACAUGUUUCUCUGUGGCUCAAUUGCUAAUCCUGCCGUUUUUACCUGACGCACCACGAUAUAUUCUGAUAGAGAAAGGCAACAUGGAAGAGUGCAAAAAAGCACUGCAGUUUCUAUGGGGACCGGGUGAUUAUAAGAUGGAGAUAGACGAGAUGUUAGCAGAACAGGCAGUCAUUCGAGGGGAAAACAAUAAGACUCUGCUGGAUAUGCUGCGGGUCAAGCACCUGCGCUGGCAGAAUCUUUCUCUUCUGGUCAUAUGUGUUGGCAUCCAGUUUAGCGGCAUCACUGCUAUCAGUGUUUUCUCUUUUAACAUCUUUUUGGAAGCUGGCAUUCCAGAAGAUAAGAUCCGGCAUGUCACAUUGGGCAUAGGUGCUUCAGCAGUUCUCACAUCCUUAAUCUGUGGUCUGCUCAUUGAAAGUAUGGGUAGGAGGGUUUUGAUGUGGUGUGGGUUUGCUGGUAUGUCAGUCAUUAUGGCAUUUAUCACUGUUAGCCUUUACCUGAAGGACUCUAGCUCUGUAUUUCCAUAUAUCACUGUUUUCCUAAUAUUCCUCUAUAACGUUUUCUUUUCGGGCGGCCCAGCUGGAGUAAUCCAAUCCAUCACCAAUGAGAUCUUUAUCCAGUCAUAUCGUCCGGCUGCAUGUAUGUUUACCGGGAUCUUGCGCUGGCUGGGACUCGCCGUGCUUGGAUUCAUAUUUCCCUUCCUAAUUGUCGCCCUGAAAUCCCUCAGCUUUAUUUUCUUCUCCUGCAUUUGUCUGAUAGCUGCUCUCUUCGUCUUCUUCAUCCUUCCUGAAACAAAAGGCAAAACGCUCCUAGAGAUUUCCCAAGAGUUUAAGAACAUACGAGUCUGCGGAUCCUCCAAAAAUAAGACGGUCUUAGAGAUAAAGCUGUGAAGGAUUGGAUUGAUGUGAUCAGCUGAAUAAAUAUAAUAACAGGAAAUAUACAU